AGUUGGAGCGUAGUAUGCGCACAAACUGUGCUCUGAUAGUACACUCUUGUAUCGUGGAUGGGAAGCCAAGUGUUCAUAGCCAUUCCAAACCAGUUAGUAAGGUUGCAAUAGCGGUGCUGCUACGUUCUGUGCGUACGUGAGUAACGUUGUAACAUCGUCGAAUAGCGAACAAGUCGCAAAGAUGUGGACGUAAACAUGUGUCGCUGCCGUUGCAACAUUUGACCGAGUGGAAGCCCUCGACAAUAUGUGAUCAUCGCCAAAAGUGCAUACAGUAAGAGAAGAAGAAGGAUAUAAAGCGACGAGAGAGGAUAAGGACCGCAAGUAGCGAGGAGGCAAUUACACUAAAUGUACCUUAGGUACAUGAAGGAUGUUUUAUUAAACGCCAGCAGACAUUUAAUAAAAAUUAAUGAGUUUUAUGAACUUAAUAACUGAGUGGAGUAAAAUUGUGCGGGAAUUAUUGGGACUAUGGACGCGAUGAUGCAGAUCUAUCUGUUAUGCCUAUGUGCCACCUCUAUACUGGUUCAAUCUACUACUGCCUACUAUACCAAGCAAUGGGUACUGCAUGUAGAUGGUGGACAAGAGGUCGCGGAUCGCGUGGCAGUCGACCAUGGCUUUCAUAAUUUGGGAGAGAUAUUUGAAGACUAUUACCAUUUCGCAUCGAAAGGUCCUGUGAAGAGGUCCCUGGACCAGCACCAUACCAAGAGGAUUGCAUUGGCUGUAGAUACUAGGAUCCGAUGGGCGAAGCAGCAGGUGGCGAAGAGCAGGAGGAAACGCGAUUACGUGCUGAUCGAUACCGAUCCUAAAUGGCCGUCGAUGUGGUAUUUGAACCGUGGCAACGGUCUCGAUAUGAACGUUAUCCCGGCUUGGCUCGAAGGCAUCACCGGGAAAGGUGCCGUCGUCACGAUCCUCGACGAUGGCUUAGAAAAGGAUCAUCCGGAUUUAUUUCACAACUAUGACCCGAUGGCUUCGUACGACGUAAACAACCAGGACUCCGAUCCGAGUCCUAGAUAUGACAUGAUCGAUUCGAAUCGCCACGGGACUCGUUGCGCCGGUGAGGUUGCCGCAACUAGUAACAACUCUGUUUGCGCCCUCGGUGUUGCCCAUGGGGCCCAAGUUGGAGGUGUCCGGAUGCUGGAUGGAGAUGUCACCGAUGCGGUGGAGGCUAGAUCUCUUAGUUUGAACCCCCAUCACAUUGAUAUUUACAGCGCCUCUUGGGGUCCGGACGACGAUGGAAAGACAGUGGAUGGACCUGGAGAAUUGGCCACCAGGGCUUUCAUGGAAGGGGUCUCCAAGGGUCGGAAAGGUAAAGGUUCAAUCUUCGUUUGGGCUUCUGGAAACGGUGGUCGGGAUCACGACAACUGCAAUUGCGAUGGUUACACCAAUUCAAUCUAUAGUUUGUCAAUCUCGAGCGCCACGGAAAAGGGAAACGUACCUUGGUACAGCGAGGCUUGCAGCUCGACGUUGGCAUCCACGUACAGCAGCGGUGCUGUUGGUGAGAAGCAGGUGGUAACUACAGAUCUUCAUCAUUCGUGUACAAGCAGCCACACCGGGACAAGUGCUUCUGCUCCUUUGGCCGCAGGCAUCUGUGCCCUUGCUCUAGAAGCGAACCCUAAUUUAACUUGGCGCGAUAUGCAGCAUAUUGUGGUCAGGACUGCUCGACCGCAGCGUCUUAGGGCUGAGGAUUGGCAGACCAACGGUGUAGGCAGAAACGUUUCUCACAGCUUCGGCUACGGCUUGAUGGAUGCCCAUGCCAUGGUGCAAUUAGCUAGGAAAUGGAUAACGGUUCCGGAGCAGCACAAAUGCGAGAUCCCCGCACCUCAGGUGGAAAGGACCAUCCCUCCGAAGAGUACGGUGGUGUUGCAGCUGCAAGUGUCCGAGUGUCACGGUGUGAAUGUCCUUGAGCACGUCCAGGCGAAAUUGAGCAUUUUUUCGCACAAACGUGGAGAUCUGCAAAUCCAACUGACAUCUCCGAUGGGCACGCGAGUGACCCUUUUGGCGCACAGGAUUCACGAUGUUUCCCGCUCCGGCUUCACGCACUGGCCUUUCAUGUCCGUCCACUCUUGGGGCGAGUCUCCCUUCGGCACUUGGCAACUAGAAAUACGCAAUGACGGCCUGCUAGGUAACAAUGGCCGUGCGACGCUUCAAAAUUGGUCGCUCGUGUUAUACGGCACAAAAACCUUAAGCCAGAACGAUGUGGAAACGCAAAAGUCGAGCAGCAAAAGCAAAAGCUCGUCGAAAAAGAAAAAGCAGAAGCAGAAGUCGAAAGGGCAGAAGGCGACGAGUGCGUCCCCAUUUCCGCCGUCGACCUCCAAAAAGGGCAAAUCGCAAUCGGGAGGUGGCAGGUGGAACUCGAAGUUGAACACUGCCGCCCCCAAAACCAACCAAAUCGGCGCCAAAAGCCAGACGAAACCGUUCGUCUCUUCGUUCUACUACGCGGUCAACAGCAAACUUAACGAAUUCGCGAAAAACAUCACGAUCACCUAUCCCGUCAUGAUUCCGGCACGCGAAUUCGAAAAGACACGCGUCGACUACCGCAAAAUACAGAAACAAAAGGAAAUUAGCCGGGACAUUAACUCGAACCGGAAAAAUUUCACGCCUCGCCCAAACUCUUCCGAUCAAUUGCUCAAUAUUACAAAAGGAAGAAAGACCACUGCGGCCGCUAUUAGCGCUUGGGAUUUGGUCCUGUAUGGAACUGCGAGCCCUCCGGCGGCGGAUAGCAAGGGCGUACAAACUCUGGCGGCGAAGCAGCCGCCCCCAGUGAAGGGAGGCAAUAAGAACGACGACGAUUUCGAGCAUAAUUCGAUUGAUACAGACGUGCCGCCAGGGUGGAAAUCAAACGCGAAGAUCCACAAGGAGACGUCGCAGGUCGAAGAUCUAGCCCCGGAGAUAAACACGCUGAACGGUUGUCAAAAAUCCAGGGGAUAUUUAUGUAUAGUAUGCAUGGAGAAUUUGUUUUUAUUUGACGGAAUGUGUGCGCCACAAUGCCCUGAAAACUUUUUCCCAGUAGUGUAUGUAGGUGGUAAUGAGAAGGCAGAGGACUCUAGCCCAGCUCUGAAUUACUGCAACCCGUGCCAUUACAGUUGUAAAUCCUGUAACGGCAGCAACGACUACGAUUGCAACGAUUGCUAUCCCGAUGCCGUUCUUUUCACAAGGACAAAGGACGAAUCCUACUGCUAUCCGAACUCCAUGAUGUACUCUUUGAACGAGAUCGAUUGGUACUAUGGUAUUCUGAUCUUCGUUCUCGUUUUGGUCGCCCUCGGGUUAGCCAUUGCCCUUUUCGUGUACUGCAUUAGGAGCAAACCAAAUAGGGGUGACUUCAUGAAAAUGAACACCUACAAGAAUAUCAGAAACAUUGAGAGGAAGGUCAAAUCCGCAGUUUACAGCGACAGUGAAUGAAUUUGUGAUAUAUCUACUUGUUUAAUUACAAGCCCAGCACUUCUUUAACUAUCAUCAAAUCGUACCAAAGUCGACAAAUUUGCCUUAACUUCAAAACUACCCUUAUCUUGUUUAAUAAAAAAAUCUCCAAUUAAUUGCAAUUUAAUUAACUAAACUCAAAAACGUAGCUUAAAAUAGAUGAUAGUUAAAGAUGGGUUUUGUUAUAGUUCUGGGACUAUAAUUUCUACUUUAUUCUUUUUUUUUUUGUUAGUUAAUGUGUUUUAUUGAUGUUGAGACUAAGGCCCCACCAUUUUCGCUCUUUUCUUUAAUUAUCUUAACCUCGGGUUAGUCAAAGCAAAAGAAAAGAACGGAAAUAAGUAAAUUAAGUGUAGAUGUAUAUUUUUCUAAUUUUUAAUAACAUACAUGUAUAUGUUUGUACACAUGUGUUAGAAGGAGUGCUUCAAUUCGCGGGUCGAUUAUGUAAACUGUUUUAUUUUUUAUUUUUCUUUCUCUGGAAAAUUGACUCGUGUGAAAUGCAGUCAAGUGAUAUACGACGCAAUACGCUGAAAAUGCUUAUUCAGUCGAUGCAUAACACUUACAUUUCAACAACAACAAAAAACCCGCAUUCUCCCUCCAAACUUAAAUGUAACAUAGAUUUUCCUAAAUAAAAUACGACUUGUUUGUUUCUUAAUUUCUUAA